AUGGAAGCAUAUCAAGCAUUUUAUGCCAUUUUGAAGCUAGAGAAUUUUGAAUUAGAUAAUUUUCCAAAAACAUUAGGUGAUGUAGAGGAAGUUAAAGAAUGGAUAAAAUGCGAAUGGUUUGAAGACCCUCAAAAUAAUGGUGCUUUUGGACAAUGCCAAAGAUGGCUUGAUACUCAUCUUAAAGGUGUUCAACGAAUUGACACAUUUUCUACAAGUAAAGCAGCUGAAUUAGCGACUGUAGAGCCUGCUUCAGCUGCCAUAUCUAAUUUGAUAUGUGCUGAUUUGUAUGGGUUAAAUGUAUUAGCAUAUGAUAUCCAGGAUCAAAAAGACAAACCAACUAAUAAUGAUAAAACUUUACUAUUGUUUACUGUGGAUCAUCGAAAACCUGGUGCUUUAUGUGACAGCUUAAGGAUUUUUAAAGAUAAUAAUAUCAAUUUGACAAAAAUUGAUUCAAGGCCUUCGUUACAAAGACCUUGGCAUUAUGUGUUUUUUGUUGAACUACAAGGACAUAAAGAUGAUGAUGAUGUAAAAAAAUCUUUGGAAGAAUUGAAAGAAUUUUGUUUAGACUUAAAAUUGUUGGGAA